ACCAACCCUAGAUGAGACAACCAGCAUGCCAUGAUCCCUGUCAUCAUUCUUACAGUACUCAACAUAUUACUAUAAUAACGCAUAAUUACAUAUGUCUUCUCUUUCAUCCAAAUCCUAGAGCUAUAACCCCAACCCUUGUGAUCUCGAACUCUCAUGGACUCAUCCUCAGUGUCCCAACCUAUCCAAACACAAACUUUCCAAGAAAACAAAAAGAAAACCAUGAGAAAAGGUAACAAAAAUGGAAAAAGAUUUCUGGGAGUGAGACAAAGACCAUCAGGAAGAUGGGUGGCUGAAAUCAAGGACUCCUCGCAGAAGCUGAGGCUGUGGCUCGGGACUUUCGAUCAGGCGGAGGAGGCGGCGUUGGCGUACGAUAAGGCUGCUAGGCUCCUAAGAGGCAGGAAUGCAAAAACCAACUUUCCCUCAUGUCACAUGUUGAACACACAUGAAGAAAACUGCAGCAUAUUGAGAAAAAAUCCAAGGCUUUAUCAGCUCCUUCAGCAUGCAAUCAUGAAGAACCAUGCAAGAUCCUCGUCUCUAAAUAGAGCGAAGAUUAAUCCGUGGGAUCGAAACCAAAUUAGAGGAAUCGAUUUUGAUAUACUUGUCGAAGAAACUAUAGUUUGUUCUUCGAGUGGUGCUGCUUCUACUUCAGGUCAAUAUCAAGGUGAUCACGAUGAGGAUAGGAAUAAUAAGCUUUGUGCACUUUCAUUUGGUAGUUGUAAAGUUUAUUCUUCUGUGGUUGUAGCUCCUUCUUUCAGUGCUUCUUCUCAGUGCCAACAGGCGCAUGAUGAAGAAGAAAAAGGUUAUCAAGAGGCCUAAUUAAUAGUCUCUUAAUUUGUUAUAUGCAAAUUUGGGUGGU